AUGGAAAGGGGACGCAAGCUUGUCGACCUCGCCAGCGAGGCGAAGCGGCUGAAAAUAAUAUGGAUGCCAGACCUGGAGUACAACUCGUUCGAUAUCAGGUACUGUGAGAGCGAGUUGCCAGCACGCCUGUCGGAGGACAGGCUGACGUACACCGGGUCCACCAUGUGGUGCACGGCGCUCAGCAGAGGCUGCGCCACCACCGGGAAUUGGUACUUCGAGUGCAAAAUCCAGGAGCCAAACCCCGAGUGGCACGAGUUCAGGCUGCGAGGGUGGGACUCGGUCGGCACCGUAGGGGCGCUCCUUGAGAGCACACCGCAGCUCAAGGACGCAUUGAAGCCGUGUGUGCGCAUCGGUUUCGGCACGCGACUCUCGAGGUUCGACAGCCCUAUAGGCGUCAACGCCUUUGGGUGCGCCAUCAGCCAGAACGGAGGGCAUAUCAUGUAUGACGGGCGCGACGUCAGCGACUCCGAUGACCAGGGGUUCGACCUCAAAGUCGGAGAUGUCGUGGGAUGCGCCAUCAAGCUCAACACGCCGACGGCGUCGCUGGCCGACCCCAGGGGCAUCGCCGCCAUGUGGCCGUUCGUCCGCAAGGCGCUGCUCUGCGACGUCACCAACCCCGAGGCCAUGAACGCAGCGAUGGUGCCGAACGCCGGAGCGGAGCUGAGGUUCUCCGUCAACGGGGUGUGGCGCAAGACUGUCAUCACCAAGCUCUACUGCGUGGAGUACCACCCGGGGGUCUCGACGUUCAUGGGCGGGUGCUGCACGCUCAACAUGGGGCCGGAGUUCGUGUACGCGCCGCCGGAUGACACCUACAGGCCCGCGAACGACAUGGGCAACUCGGUGUACCCGUGCAAGGAGGAGCUGCUCCGGUUCUGGAUGCUCGGCGACACCACCGUGCUCUCGAAGGGCGCCACCAUAAACAGGGAGUACUACAAGAGCAUACCGGCCGACGAGAUGACGGGAUGA